GAGGAGCCAGCGGGAUCGUUGGCACCGUGCGGGACUCUGGUAGCCGAGCCUCCCGCCCACUCACCGCCGCCCUAUAUGUGGCGGGCCGCGGCCGCCCGGGCAUGGAGCGCGCCACCUGCCCUGGGCGAUGGAGGUGGAGCUGGCGGAGCGGCGCCUGCUGGACGCACUCGCCUACCUGGAGUGCCUUCUGGGCUACCUGGGCUUGGUGAUCCUCCCACGGACGGGCUCGCCCUACGGUCGCUACUCGCCGCAUUGGUCCGGCCUGCGGGUGCCGGCCAGAGCCGCCUGGGUCCUGCAGGAGCUGCCCUCGCUGGUCUGGCCGCUAUACGAGGGCGCCCGGCCAUCCGCCCGGCGCCUCCACUGCUGGCCCAACCGCAUUCUCCUGGCCAUGUUCCUCGUCCACUACGUGCACCGGGCCUUGAUUUUCCCAUUCCUGAUUCGAGGCGGAAAGCCCACGUUGCUCUUUUCGUGUGUGUUGGCAUUCAUGUUCUGUACCUACAAUGGCUACUUGCAAAGCAGGUACUUGAGCCAGUUUGCAGUGUAUGCUGAAGACUGGGUGAGCCAUCCCUGCUUUCUAACAGGUUUCGUGUUGUGGUUAACUGGCAUGGUGAUAAACAUCCACUCAGACCACAUCCUAAGGAAUCUCAGAAAACCAGGGGAGACUGGAUACAAAAUACCCAGGGGAGGCUUGUUUGAAUAUGUGACCGGAGGCAACUAUUUUGGGGAAAUUGUGGAGUGGUGCGGCUUUGCACUCGCCAGCUGGUCUCUACAAGGCGGGGUGUUUGCUUUGUUCACAUUUUGUAUUUUAUUCACCAGAGCAAAACAGCAUCACCAGUGGUACCACGGGAAGUUUGAAGAUUACCCAAAGUCCAGAAAGAUUUUAAUUCCAUUUUUGUUUUAAGUGCACUGUCAGUGAAAUCAUCGUCAACUGGAAGUCUUUCAGUGAUGUUCCUUGGGAGACAUGAGUCCUAUCUCUGCAGCUUUCCUGCUUUUUCAUUGGAUUCCGAAUAUCUAUAGGGGUUUUUUUUCCUAGUGAACUACCUAAUUAGUAUGCAUCAUGCUGCAUACCAGCCAAGAAUCUGGACUCUCAGUAAUGCCUGCUCGUAAUCUCUCUAGUUUCUAAUUUACCUCUGUGGGCUCUUAUGGCUAACUGUGUGCAGGACUAGGACCUACAUCCACCUCUGGUACCCCCCUAGGAAACAACAGACCUCCCCAUUCCUUUUACAGCAACCCCGUAGAACUUUCUUCAGCACCCCCAGUGACUCUGCUCUUAAGUCCAGAGAGGCCUGGGCUGGUGGGGAUAGUCAUGGCCUGGGGCCCUGCUGCCUUGCACUAAGGUGCUGUGCAUAGUAGGGAACUUGGGGAUGAAAGGGGAGCCCUUCAUCCAUCAGGACUGGACCAAAGCCUCUAGCCCUUGUCCCAGCCUGCUUGCCAGGUGAGAUGCCAGCCAAGACCAGUGCUCUGGCUGCUCCUGAAGAGCAGGUUGUCCAGUCCCUGUGCAAGUGUCUCUCUGCGUCAGCUGGAAGUGCAAAGCGUAGUCACUCAGCCAAGGCCGUAAGCCUUGCUCCCUGGCCAUUAGUGAUCAGUAUCCUCCAUGAUCUUUUCUUCUAUGAGUCUAUAGAGAACUAGAAUUUUCUAAGGCACUUAAAAAAAAGUAUCAAUAAUGUAAAACAAAAUCUUGAAAUUCACUCAAGCUUCUAGGUGUGGUACUGCAGUUCUGUAAUCCUGGAAGCCUGAGGCAGGAGGACUUUGAGUUCAAGACCAACCUGGGCAACACAAGGAGUCCUUGUCCCAAAAAUCAAACAGUGACAAAAAAUGAUGUACCCUAAGUCCAUGGAGAUUAGUGGCAAUAAUAAAAUGUACUGACUGUUCACCCAAGAACAGAUGCUGAAGAAGCCACCCUCAACUAAAAGGACACUGAGCCCCAUUGCUGAUCUGUGAAAAUCUAAGAACACUUCAUGACAGUCCCACCACCUGGACUGGCACUGCCUCGGUGGCUGCACAUUCACUCUCACCAGUUCUUGGCCAGGGCCAAGUGGAAUGAUGAGACUGCAUUUGUGACCCACCAUGAUAAGGGACACAUCGCCAAUCUCUGCAGAAUCACCCCCUCACCCUUGUGCCCUUCCCUGCUGACCUUCCAGCUACUCUGCUCUUCAGUUUCCAUGUAUAAAUUUCUCCGGGCUCCAGCUUUGUAGAAUCUCUUUUGGUUUGAGAAUUGGCACAGAAAACUUUGUGGUGCAGGUGUCUCACUCUGACAAAAAGACAGUGUUUGGCAGUACUGGUUAUUGAUAAAUGAACCUUUGCUUUUUUUCUAACCAAAUAAUUCCUUGAUUACCUCGCUGAAUUUACCUUUGGUUGGUACCUCCAUUCUGUUUUUUUCUUUUCAAUGCUGCGGAUGGAAUCCAGGACUUUGCAUAUCUACGUCUGAGUUACACCCCCAGCCCUUUCUCAUGGAAUGACCAUGUGGGUAAACACCUAUGUUAGCUUCAGAUUUGAUGCCUGCUACCUCUGACCGAGACAAGCUGGGUGAGUGAUUCACAUCUUACAUCACAUUCUUCUUUAUUUCCUACAACUGUAAUUUAUUAAAUUAUGUGAAUCAUGAUAAUUAAGAAGAUUAAUAAAUCCACAGUCCAGUUGUGUUUGUCUUCAUUGUUAGUUUGGCUAAUAUCUUCAGCCCUGAAAUCCAUAUCCCACCUGUCCCAUAAUUCCAGGUUGUCCUUUAUAUCUCUUGGAGAGGCCACAUAACAGUCUCCAUAUAACACUUGUGUGUUUUUGACAGUACUGGAGUUUGAACUCAGGCCUCAGGUUUGAUAGGCAGGCACUCUUUCACUUGGACACUCCACCAGCCCACUUGUGUGUUUCUAUUAAGGUUAUUUUGAGAUGUUUGGUAUUUUGUUUGUCAUGAAUACAUUUUUAACUAAGAUAAAGCUAUUCGUGUUUGUGAUCUGUCAUAUCCAGCUAUGCUACUAAAAUUUUUUUAUGGAAUCCAACUUUUUCCUUCUGUUAUUCUUAGGAUUACCAGCUCUACAGGCAUUUGCAGAUAUAUUAAUUGUGUUUUUCAGCAUCUGAAGCUGUUAGUUUUUUGUCAUUUACUUCUAGAACUUGGAGAACAAUUUUGAACAAUAGACAUGAUUAUCAGGACUCUUGUGUGAUUUCAUUGGGAAUGACUUUUUUCAAGAUUACUGUUGUAAGCAUCCUUUGAUUUUGUUACAUGGCUAUUGGUAUCUUUUCUCCCCUAGCUAUGUGGAUAUUGUCUUUGCAUUUUAAAAAAAAUCCUUUAUUUCUUUUGAGAUUUUUAAAUGUCCUCCAUACAUAUCAGAAAUGACAAAGACGACUGCACAACAGAUAUCAAGGAGACUGGAAAAU